CCACAACAACAUCUGGCACGGGUCUGCCAUGACUCUUGACAAAAGAUGUCGUCAUCAAGAACGCCACCUCAAUCUCCAAGUCGUCGUGGCCGUGGAGUGCAGGUUAGAACUGUGAUUCGAAAUACGUCAGGCUCACCUUCACAAUCAGGUAGAGGCAAUGGCCGAGGGUCCUCUUCAAGAUCUCGCUCUCAGCCUUCCGCUCGAUAUCGUCAAGCUCUGAAAAAGCAAGCUCCAAAUUUUGGCGGAGAUUUCGUCAAGGAUGAUGAAAUCGCACGACAAUUUGCCAAUCGAGUAGUAGAGAUAUAUGCUCCCUCCACCAAUACCGGUACAGAAAGUAUUCGUCAAUUGCCUCUUAAUAUGCAAGCCAGACGUGAUGGAAGCUCAUUCAAGCUUCCUACUUUGGGCAAAAUGUGUCUGAAUAUCAUUACAGAAUCAUUUGGGUCGCACAUACUUCCAGUCAGAUUCAAUUUGAAAGACAAUACGAUUGCCAAUGGUGCCAUGAAAGAGAUCGGAUCUACAUCAUCAAGAGGUCUUUUGGGCAUCGAAGUAGGCGGAUACGAUGAGGAAAAUGACAAAGAUUUUGUGCCCGACAGUGACGAGGAAAGCAGAAGACCGACAAAAAAGGCUAAGACACAGCCAAAAAGAAUUGCCAGGAAAAGCGAUACGCCAGCCAACAAAAGGAAUGCUGAAUUUGACGAAAGCCGAAAGGAGAGGGAUAUGGAAUUGCUGAGAUUGCUUCCUGCUCCAAUCGCAGUAGCUUUACAAGAACAGCUGGAGAGAAAAGCUCCGCAAUUGCUAAACUAUGAUGUGAUGACACAUCUCUUCCUGAGUAGUGAAGUUGUUUCCAGAUCGAAGCUAUUCCGUGUUCUCGCCAUCGUGAAGGGUAUCAGUGAGCGGGAUAUGAUCAAGGUUUGGCAAGAAUUGAUCUAUGAAAAUCCUUUGCUGCCUAGCAAUACGAUCAAGAGAGCUAUUCCAGAUAAUGCUGUCAGUACGCUUCGUACUCUCCAUUUGCAAGCAUUCACUCGGUUAAAAACAGACCAGAUUCUUAAUCUUUUCAAGCAUACCCGGAAUCUGGAGAACGUAUGUCUGAGAGGAUGCGUGAACAUAUACCCUGAAGCAGUUGCCAAAUUGGUGGAAACUUGUGGACAAACACUACGCAAGGUGAAUUUCAAUUGGACAAGUAUUGGUCUCACUGGCGUUGAACAUCUUAUACGAGAUGCACCUAAUCUUGAAGUUUUGAAAAUUGCUCAUGUCAAAGGACUUUCUGAUUCUUCAGUCAAAGCGAUGAUGACUCGUGUCGUCACGAAUGCCGAAGGAAUGGUGCCACUUAGAAAGCUUGAAAGAUUAAAGUUACACGGAACGGAGAUAGGUAUUCAAGGUCUAGGAGCAUUAUUACAACAUUGUGGAAAACAAAUUAAAUCUCUCGAUAUUGGAAGCACACGUGUUGGAGGUACAGGAAGUAUAGAGCUUUUGUUGAUGCUUUUGGGAUAUGAGGAACGUAAGACUCAAAAGUCAGACUUGUUGGUAGAUUAUGCUUCACCAGGCAAUCUGACAUUGGAAAAGAUUAACCUUUCACACUUGAGCAUACCUGUCGUUUCAGCCAUGCAAUUUGUGGAAUCAGUUGCUCGCUGCAAACGAUUGCGAAAGGUAAAUCUGGAUCAUUUAUCGAUUCUUCCGUCUAGUACGAUGUAUCCUAGACUUGUUGAAGCGUUAUUCCAAGCUGUUGCUCUACGUGCGCUGGAGAGACAGGUCCAUAAAGACUAUCAACCGGAUCAAGAUUACGUUAUGGACAGCAUCAGUUUCGCUUGUCCGAGUUCGCUCAGCACUCCAAUUCACCAAGUCAAUCUUAGACAAAUUUGCAAUCCUCCAGAUCCAGCUGAAUGCACGGCAGAACGACCAAUCAACGAUAAAGUCAUACGAUCCCUCAAUCUUAGUGGAAUGAUAUUUCGUACAAUACCUCCUGAGAAGGGCCGAUUGUGGCUUGUGGACUACAUGGAAAGAAAUUUCUCAAAGCUCCCUGGAUAUGGAGCCGUACUAAAACAUAUUAUAUGCUGCACCUUUGAUGUUCAGCAUCUCAACCUUUCAGGCUGUCGUUUGCCGGAGCCAUGCGAAUGGCCAUUGUUCGGAGUUUCUGGAGGCUUACGAUCCAUGAAUCUGAGCAAUUCUCAUAUCGACAGUGAAUCGGUCGAUAAUUUGGUACAAAACAAUCCGUACCUUGAACGCAUAGAAUUGACAGGUUGUCGUUCAAUUCCAAUCACAAAAAGAAGAAACUACUUUUGAUGCCCAUUUUUUUCCCUUGCUUUUUGUAUAUAUUGUAUUCAUAACAUUUUGUAACAUCAUUUUCAUACAUUUUUAGCUUCUUUGCGACUUUGUUGCAAUGCCUUUGUCUCUAAUUCAGCCCACCACUCAACACUGUCACGAUAUGCUUGUGUUCUUUGUCCGUCUGGCCUGGCUACGAUUGCGAUACCUUCUUCUACAAUCUCAUCUGCUUUGAAAUUACUUUGAUCGGAUAGUGUAUUUGUCGUUGACCCUUGCUCUCUCUUUGCUUUUCGGC